AUGAAAUCACUCCUAUCAUUUGCACUUUCUACAACCCUCAUCCUUUGUAAUACCGUCGUCUCUUCUGCGGCUUCUCCCAAAAAAUGUACCCCCGCUCCAGCUCCUGAAACAGCACCUGACCCUCUCCCUUUGUUUGAUCUGGUCGAAUACUACUACGAACCUCCUUCGCGCCAAUCUCCGUCCGAACUCCUCAGCACCCAGGUCUCGGAAAGUCAAAUCCGCAACAAGCUCGCGCUCAACUCUCUCGCCCUGGGCGGAGAGGACUUUGACGGCCUCGAUUACGUCUUCACCGAGGACGCCGUGGCAAACUUGUCGGCACCGAUCGGCGUCGUCAAGGGACGAGACAACAUCAAACAAGCUAUCAGGCAGGUACUGACGGCGGGGGAGGGAGUAGACGGGCACGACCUCAUCAGUUCCCCGCUGAUCGAGGUGGACCCUCAAAAUCCGUGCUUGGCCAAGAGUUUGACCUAUUUCACCACUACGUUCUUUGGCGUUUCUGGGCCCUGGCAGGGAUUGGGCCAGGCUAGCAGCCUCAGCGGCCAAUUCCGCGAUACAUGGGUCCAAGAUGAGGCCGGAGAGUGGCGCAUCAGCAUCAGAAUUCUGGUGUAUAUCGGAUUUCCCAUCGGGAAUCUACUCCCAAGGAAUUAA